GCCCGACUCGGGAGUCGUAGCCCGACCCGUAUGAUGCAGCGCGCAGGCGAACCAGCCGGCACCUGUUCCAAGAUGGCGGCUAAGCGUGCGCUGGUGAUUUUGGCUAAAGGGGCCGAGGAGAUGGAAACGGUGAUUCCUACAGACCUAAUGCGUCGGGCUGGGAUAAUGGUAACGGUGGCAGGGCUGACAUGUAAAGAGCCUAUAACGUGCAGUCGUGAUGUGGUUAUUUGCCCUGACUCCAGCUUGCAAGAUGCAGCUAAACAGGGUCCUUAUGAUGUGAUUAUAUUACCUGGAGGAAACCUCGGAGCCCAGAACUUAGCUGAGUCUCCAGCUGUAAAGGAAGUGCUGAAGGACCAGGAUUGCAGGAAUGGUUUGAUAGCUGCUAUCUGCGCAGGCCCCACUGCUCUGUUGGCUCAUGAAAUAGGCUAUGGGAAGAAAGUCACAACCCAUCCCCUGGCUAAGGAUAAAAUGAUGAAUGGAGAUCAUUAUAUUUACUCUGAAGCUCGUGUGCAGAUAGAUGGGAACAUCCUUACCAGCAGGGGACCUGGCACCAGCUUCGAAUUUGGCCUUGCAAUUAUUGAAACGCUUCUUGGAAAAGAGAUGGCAGACAAGGUUAAAGCUCCUUUGGUCCUGUGAAACUGCCAACUUCUGCGAACUGCUGUUGCGGACGGAGAUGGGGAUGGCGUGGUGGGAAAGGAAGAAAUAAGCUGAAUUAAUUGGGGACUUGCUGCUUAGAAAACCAUCUUCCAUAAGUAGAGCCAAUAUGCCUUGUGGAAAUUGACUUUAAUCAUCUUUAAGCAUCUUCAAAGUAAAUGUUACUGAAUUAGACCAACUUGCAAGAUUUAAAUCCUGAUGAUAUUUAAUUACUGAUAGGAAUUGGCUUCCAGAAUUUCUGCACAUUCAGGAUUUGUUAAAGUUUUAAUCUUUCCCUUUGUUCUGCUCUGAAUUGAACAACUGAAGUGUGAAUUUAACCUGAAUUCCUGUAAUUGAAUUUGGAGCAGAAGGCCCUUCUGUAUUCAGUACCAAUAACAUGCAUCUUUUCCACAUCCCACACCUCUCCAAGUAUAUCUUCUUUUUGAACACUAUUAUUGCCUUUGUAACAUCUAUAUUCUUUUGAAGCAGGAAAAUUUAAAAAAAAAUCAGCAUACUUGUCACACUACCACAGUAGUAUUCUCAAAAGGAACGUGUUCUUUAGUUACUGCCUUGCAUUUGGUACAGCUUUUUUGAAUGCCUUUUUGCAACGUUUCCACUUUUUCUCAGCUGACAGCCUCGUGUAGGUCAGGAAUCACUCUUUUUCUAUCAUAAUAACUUUGUGCUGAGGGCCUUUGUAAGUUCCUGAAGACUGAGAUGCAUGUUUUAUAAAUAAUACCUUGGGAAUUGAUCUGCAGUUGGCAUUUAGCCACUGUACAGUGACAUUGUAACAAAUACUAAUUAAGCAGGUGAUUAGGCUGCCUGUUCAAAGACCUGUUGAAGCAAAGCACCGUGAAUAUCUCCCAUGUACUUUCUGUAAAUGUUUGAUUGUUUAGAUGAAGAUGUGAGAUUAUAGUUAAAAUUCCACAAGCUAUUGCUUGUGAAACCCACCUGUCCAGUUCUGUAAUACAGCCUUUGAGUGGACGUUACAUAAAACUAGGUUUUGUUGAAUUUUUAGAAAAAUACCACAAAUCUGUCUGAUAUCAGUAGUGGCUUUUCUUUACUGCAGCAACAAAUAAAAUCAGUGUCUGGA